AGGUUAUCAACAAAACAAAUAGGAUUUCAGGAAACAUGUACCCGUGCGUGUUUAUUUUCCGCUCAUUCAAAUGAUAUUAUUCAGGAAAGUCGACCUUUUUGUUACUUCAAAACUUCCAACUUAUCGAGUGCUUUAUUCGCGUCUCUUCUGUAGUCGCCAAAUCAGUACGCCCGAUGAAGGUAUAAUGAAAGUUCUGAACGUUGCAGAGAAGAAUGAUGCUGCCAAACACAUCGCUGGAUUCCUAUCUAAUGGCACAUCCAGAAUGCGUGAAGGACUUUCAAAGUUCAACAAAUUGUAUGAGUUUGAUUAUAAUCUCCUUGGAAGGAACUGCAAAAUGAUAAUGACCUCGGUAUCAGGUCACAUUCUAAAUCAUGACUUUGUCGGGAAUUAUAGAAGCUGGCAGAAAGUUCCUCCGAUUUCUUUAUUUGAUGCUCCAGUUGUCCGAGAAUGCCCCAAAGACAUGGAGAAUAUAAAGAAAACUCUGGAACGAGAGGCAAGAUUCUGUGAUGUUCUCGUGAUAUGGACAGAUUGUGACAGAGAAGGAGAGAACAUUGGCUUUGAAAUCAUAGAAAUCUGUACCAAAAUCAAACCAAACUUACAAAUUUAUCGGGCCAAAUUUUCUGAGAUCACGGCUGCCUCUGUGAGACGAGCAGCAGCUAACCUUGUAGCACCUGAUGCCAACACCAGUAAUGCAGUCGAAGUUCGAAGAGAAUUGGAUCUAAGAAUUGGAGCUGCCUUUACACGACUGCAAACAUUGAGACUAAAACGUGUUUUUCCUCAGCAAUUAGCUGACACCCUCAUUAGCUACGGCAGUUGUCAAUUUCCAACAUUGGGAUUUGUUGUCGAGAGGUACAAAGCCAUUGAAAAUUUCAUAGCAGAACAGUUUUGGAAGAUCAAAGUUGAACACAGGAUUAAAGAUAUCAAUGUAGAGUUUCAUUGGAACAGAGUCAGAUUAUUCGAUCAAUUAUUUUGUCAGGUUCUCUUUGAUCGCUGUCAAGAAAAGCCAACAGCCAAGGUUGUCAAUGUUCGAGAAAAGUCCAAAUCAAAAUGGCGACCACAACCUUUGGAUACAAUAGAGUUGGAGAAAUUAGCCAGCAGAAAAUUAAAAAUAAAUGCCAAGGAAACAAUGAGAAUCGCAGAAAGAUUAUACACUCAGGGUUACAUAAGCUAUCCUCGUACAGAAACAAACAUUUUUCCUAAAGAACUGAAUCUAAGAGACCUCGUUCAAAAUCAGUGUGCUCAUGCCAAUUGGGGCGAUUUUGCCAGUCGUGUUUUGCAGGAAGGACCUAACCCAAGACAAGGCAAGAAAAGCGAUCAAGCCCAUCCACCCAUCCAUCCAAUUAAAUUUGUUGAUAAUCUGCAUGGAAAUGAGCAACGACUUUACGAAUUCAUUGUACGACAUUUCCUUGCGUGCCUCUCAAAAGAUGCCCUGGGCAUGGAAACUAUUGUUCACAUAAAUAUCAAUGAGGAAAUUUUUGUUGCUAGCGGUUUGACAAUUUUAGAACUCAACUACUUAGAAGUCUAUCCCUAUGAUAAAUGGUCAGACAAAGAAAUUCAUCGAUAUACUGUUGGACAAGAAUUUACACCAACGAAAUUAGAAAUGACGAAUGGAGAAACAUCCCCGCCAAAUCUUCUAACAGAACCAGACCUUAUUAGUUUGAUGGAAAUGCAUGGAAUUGGAACGGACGCAACGCACGCGGAUCACAUAGAAACGAUUAAAUCAAGAUUAUAUGUGGGGUUAGAGGAUGGCAUUCAUUUCUUGCCAUGCCACCUAGGAAUGGGUCUUGUAGAAGGUUACGAUGAUAUGGGUUUCUUGUUGUCCAAACCGAAUUUACGGGCAGAGUUAGAAGCGGAUUUAAAACGUAUAUGUGAUGGAGUAAAAAAUCCAGAUGAAGUUCUCAGAGUCCAAAUUGAAAAGUACAAGGAAGUUUUCAGGAUAGCUAUGCAGCAGGCUGAAAAAAUUGAUCGAGCUCUAGCGAAAUAUUACAAUACUCAACCUGUGGAAGUUGGACCAGAAGCAAACCAAGUAUUCGAGGUGCCGGAAGCUGUGAUGAAAUGUCCAUCUUGUUCGCUGGAUGUUAAUAUUAAGAAACGAAACAACGGGUCAUUUUAUUUGGGCUGUAUGGGAUUUCCAGCUUGUCGCUCUUCAGUUUGGUUUCCCGCUAAUGUUAUUGAUGUCACCAUUUCACCCAACAGUUGUCCCCAGUGCGGUCCUACGAUAAAGCAGUUGAAGCUCAAAUUUACACCAGGAUCUAUGGCUCCAUUUUAUCCUAAUGAAUAUACGGGUUGUGUCAAUGGCUGUGAUACGCAUCUCAUAGAUAUGUUAAAUAUUAGGCCUUUGCGGCGAAAUCAAGGUGGAGGAGUAGCAGGUCAAGCCAAUCAAAUCGUGAGACCGGUAAAUCCAGUUGCUCCUGCUGUUCAGCAGAAUAAUCAAUUCAACAACAACAGAUUCCAACCUCCUCCACCACCUGUACCGCCUCCUCCAAAUCAACAGAACUUCAGAAAUCGAAAUGAUAAUAAUGAUAACCCAGACAACGUCACAUGUAACUGUGGAAUACCUGCAAAAAGAUUUACAGUGAGGAAAGAGUCUCCGAACCAAGGGAGACCGUUUUUCUCUUGUUCCAAAGGUAUGGACGAAAAAUGCACUUUCUUCCAAUGGGCAGAUAUUGACCCCAUGCAGCAACAACAACAGCAGCAAAAUGGAUUUCGGAAUAAUGAUAAUCGAAAUAGGUUUCCGCAGCAGCGAAAUUUCAACAAUAGACAAGGUAAUCAGCACGGAGCAGGUGGAGGAGAUAGAGCGAAACGGAAAUGUUCCAAUUGUAGGCAAGAAGGACACACGGUGAGGAAUUGUCCAAAUUGAAUAAUCUGAACAAGUAAAAACCGUGUCUUGCAGGCGAUCUCGGAACCUUUAGAAGGGAGAAUGAUUCAGCCAGUCUCUGAGUGCUUCAUCGACCCGAGAUAACCAUGAGAGUGAGAGCAGUGCUCCUACUUCUCUCAUAUCUGUGAAAGUGAAUGAAAGUUGACUUCAUUCUUUUUUCUUGACUUCCUUCCCGUUAAAGUUUUUCUAUUUGUUAGUCCCUAAUAUGAUCUGUAUGAGUUUCUUUCGCAGUUUAGAAGCAAUACAAGAGUUCGAAAAAGAUUCGCCUGAAAUGACCAUUAUGUGUGAUGUGAUGUUAUGAUGUGUUCACUGUGUUUGAAGUUAAAUUUUGAUGUGGAAACAUGUAUUGCAAUACUUAGGUUCUCACCUCGCGUAGUAGUCAACCGCAUUUAUCGGCCACUGGUGUGAUGAAAGAAGGUAGAAGGUAGUAAACAUUAACGUAGCGGAUGACAUCAUCCACUGUUUUCUUCAUAAGGCAAAGGUUUUAAAGCAGUAAAAUUACCAUGUUUUGUUAAAUGUAGCAAUGAGACUUCUUUUAGGUUUUAACGAAGAGCCAGGCACAUUUUCUUGAAUUGGCAGGUUCAGAGUGAUAUUGGUCAAAUAGGAUGAAAAAGUGUUGACUGCCUGUGUGCUUACCUUGCUUGUGUUACCUUGUUUUUAUCACUAAAAAUGCUUUACUUUAAAUCAUAAAAAUCUGCCGCCUCUCACCAUUUUUUGGCUCAGGAUAUGAAGUAUAGUGGCUUUGUCAUUAAAGUGUGCUAGUGUUCAUCUGAAAGAAUGCUAAGUUUUAUGAGGCGAAAUAUCUGUUGUGUUGACUUUAUUACUACAAGAAAUAAGUGCACACUAGAUGCUUUCAGUCUAACAACUGGAUUGCAUUUUGCAAAAAGGAAUCAGGAGCAUUGCAUUAUUGCUAAGAAUGUGCAACUUCUUUUGUCUCGGAAGAAAACACUGAUUAUGUAUGAACAGUUUCUAUUUGAAUCGCUACACAGAAUUGCUAAAAACUGUUAAUUUAGGACAAAAAUUACCGUGUAAAUUCAUAUUUUUUCAAGGUUUCAAUAGUUUUAUUGCAAUGGAUGAAGUUGCACAAUCUCAGCAACAUUGAAAAAGUCCUGGUUCCUUUUUGCAAAAUGCAAUCCAACCAUUAGAGCAGCUUCCAUAUGGGUCAGCCUCCACAGGAAAUAUACAUGGUUCUUCUCAAUUACGAUGCAAUUAGAUUGUAAUGAAAUUACAAUUUUUCCUAUGUCCUCUACGAUGAUGAAUAAAUCGCGAUUAACUUGCAAAUUAAUGAUCAUUGACAUUAGAGAAGCAGUGAAAUAAUGGAAUGGUUGCACUUCUAUCUUUAGAUAGAGAAAUUUAAGAAAUUUAUGAUUUUCUUUCAAUGUGAUAAUGGUUCUCUCCUUGAAGAUAGCUUUUUGGUCUAGGAAAGUAAUUUCUCUGAAUCAUUGCUUACACAGUGCAUGUUCCAAGUAGCAUUUUUCAACAGGAAAAUUGGGAUUUCUUGCAAUUUUAUCGGUAAUGAAAUCGCUAGGGUCAUAUACAUCUGAGCGAUUAUCCUCGAUUUUAUGGGGAUAAAAUCGCGAUUUUAUCGAACAAAAAAUUGCGAUGUGUUGCGAUUAAAUCGCCAUAUAUCGCAAUUUUUAAUGCGAUAAUAUCUCGAUAUAUUGCCAUUGCCACCAAUAUAAUCGCAUUAACCAACCAAUAAAAUCGUUAUUUAUCGCGAUCACUGCUACAUGGGGUAUGGUUGUAUUAAAUUACAGUGCCUGAAAAUUUCUUCAGCCAUCGUACUCUUUUCAAUUAUCAUUUCUCUUACAAUUAUUAUGUCAUUCCUUUUACCAUAUUUGAAAGGUUACUUCUAAUUUCAAUGGAGAAGCUUGCACAUUUACCGUAUAAGUUUCUCGUUAUAAGUACCUCUGUGCCUCAUUUCUUUACCAUCAUAAUGUUUAUUUUUUAAUCUGUUAAACUUUUUUAGCAUCAUAAUGUUUUUAUAUCAAAUGUAUAUUGUUCCUAUGACA